GCGGGCGAAUCGGCCCUGCAUAUCGCUUGCCGAUUGGUGAAUCUCAACAGCGUAAUUGCUCUUACCGCUGCCAGUGUUAAUCCAAAUAUCAUCUCCAAUGAUGGAGAUACUGCACUGCAUUUAGCUGUACAUAAAGGAUCUUUGGAAAUCACUCGUGUUCUUUUGGGACGAUUUGCCAACCCGAAUAUCACAGAUAGUAACGGAAACCUGCCUCUUCACUUGGCUUGCGCUGCGGGUGAUCAGUUGAUAAGCCAAAUUCUUUGUGAAAACGGAUCCAGGGUCAAUUCUCAUAAUCAAGAUCAGCUAACGCCGUUGCACCUGGCAGCAAAAUCUGGCAACCUUGAGUUGGUUAGAACUCUCCUUUAUUACGGCGCGGAUUCAUCCAUUCCUAAUGGAGUAUGUCAUAAAAUUAUUUUAACGCCAAUUUGA